AUGCUUGAUUCGUCAAAACUUCCUUCUGGUCAGCAUCAACUGAGUAGUGAAUUAGAGGAAGGUGAGGAAGAGAGGGCUGAGAUCAAGUUGGAUUAUGUGUUGGAUGGCGAGAGACCAUCUUCUACGGAUCCUGGACUCGGUCGACGAGCUGCCAUAGCGAGAGACGUGGCUACAUGUCAGAGACUCCGUGAGAUGGGUGGUUCAUGGUAUGAUGAUUUUGAGAAGGAGUUGCAAGAUAUGGAGGCUAAGGGAUACAUACGGCCGUUAACUCCGGCUGAA